GCGGACGCUGUCGCCUAUCACGGUUCACACAGCCCGCGCUGCCUCCUGAUGCUGCCGUCUGUGCCACUCCGCUCCUUUGUCUGACUCUCGCUCCCUGGCCCGAACUCCGUGCCCCGAGGCGCGCCGUCCGCCUCGAGGUCGCCGGCGGGGGGCCGCCCGCAUCCCUUUGUGGCUUGCAGUCCUCGAUCGAGCAGAAAAGGCUAUGGACGCUAUUGUCACAGCACAUGCCCGCCGCCCUGGGCAGUCUAAUCGUAUAAUCCCGUAUCGUCCCUACAGGCACGUCACCGCCGCACAAACGCGAACGGCUGCCCCGGAUGCGUCCGGAUGGUCUGCCAAUAAUGCCCAUUUAGCCACGCGGGCGGCAUCUCCGGAGAAGCAUUGUGGCGCCGCGUCGCUCGUCCACGCCUGCACCCCGUCCCCCACGCCCGUCGCGCUGCCAAAGAGAACCAGCGCGCCAAGCUCUCGAGCCUCCUUCCUCUCGUGCCCUCUUCACCCGCGGAGGACGCACAACGCCCCAUUGUGCGCCCGAUGUGAUGCUUGUCGAUCGACGCUGUCCUCUACGCUCGCUGGGCUGCAUCUACCGGAGCGCGUCACCCACCGCCGCCGUCGACUCUAGGGCUCUCCAGGCUGUCUGCGCCACGCUCUCGCCCACCCGCGCCGCGCUUCGCUCUCACCACCCGACGCUUCGACGGACGCGGUCGGCGUAACCGUCGUACGUCGCGCGCGGGCGAACCGUUUCAACAACCUCGGGCGCCGGGGCGCAUCGCGUGCGUACGUGUUCUCCACCCCCUCCGAUGGCAGGCCCCUGCUGCUUUCGUAUACGCCGUCCCGCUCAACACACACUCUAUGCCCGGCCAUCCACAUCUCGUCUCCAUCCCGACACGGCCCAGACGGAGUCCCAGGCUGCCCAGGCCGCUCCAGGCCGCUGGGAGGGGCGGCGAACCCGAGAACUCGCGCGGACAUGGUGCGUCUCCCUCAGACUCCCGAGGCUGUUUCUUCGCGGCUCGUAUGCGUCGGACGCGGCGGACGAUGCUCGCCCGCGGCCAGAACGACAUUCGCGCAUCGCGUCUAUCGCGAACUGUGUCUGCGCGCAGUAACGUAACGAGGGCAAAUCUCGCCAGGAACCGCGGCCGAAUAAGUCGCGGACGGCGCACCGGCGUGGACAUCACCAGAUUGUCUUCGAGUCCAGCGUCCGAUCCAUCUCCCUCGUCCUUCGCGUAUGCGCAGCCUGCCCUAGCGCUGUCCGAUGUCACCGCUUGCCGCGUGCAGUAUACAGAGUCUAUGUAUGUACGACCCUUUGUGCUGUUUGCCAAUUAAUAUCUCGUCCUUGGAAUCCCG